UUGACUAAAACCCCACCGAAGAAGAUUUACAUUUAUAUGUUUAGAAAUGCGUGCUUUUAUUUUGAAGAAUUCUUCAUUACCAUACGAGAGUGACGUCAUUGUUUGCGCUACUAGCGAAUAUUGAUCAUCGUCCCAUUGUUGUUUGAUGAAGCAUAACGUUAGCUGGUUAGCUAACUGAGGACCUACACAAGUCACCAUGGGGAAAGAUCCUGGGAAGCCGAGAGGCAAGAUGUCCUCAUAUGCUUACUUCGUGCAGACCUGCAGGGCGGAGCACAAGAAGAAACAGCCCGAAGCCAGCGUCAACUUCGCAGAGUUCUCCAAGAAAUGCUCAGAGCGAUGGAAGCCCAUGUCUCCUAAAGAAAAAGGAACGUUUGAGGACAUGGCAAAGCAAGACAAGGUCCGCUACGAGAGAGAAAUGAAGAACUACAUCCCACCCAAUGGCCAGAAAAAGAAGAGGUUUAAGGAUCCCAAUGCCCCAAAGAGACCGCCGUCUGCGUUCUUCAUCUUCUGUGCUGACUUCCGGGCCAAGAUAAAGAGCGAGCACCCAGGCCUGUCCAUUGGAGACACUGCUAAGAAGCUGGGAGUGAUGUGGAACAGCUCUGCAGCUGAGGAGAAGAAGCCGUACGAGAAGAAGGCAGCCACGCUGAAGGAGAAAUACGACAAGGAUAUUGCAUCAUACCGCACCAAUGGUAGAGUGGAUACUGCCGCCUCCGCAGCUGCUGAUGACGACGACGAAGAUGAUGAUGAGGAGGAUGAUGAUGAGGAUGAUGACGAGUAGCCUCCCUGCUGUUGGAGGCUACAUUCUUGUUUAACGCUAUGUAACCCUAUUGUACACACUUUACAUCUCCGAACAGACCCAGACGCAACGAGAACACAUUAAGCUGUGUGUAUAUUUAAUGUUUUAAUGCUCCCUAACCGGUUAAAGGUAACACUACAUGUCUUGUUUUUGUUCUUGUAGUAGCCCUUUUUUCCUGCCCAUGCCUGUAACUGCUUUGGCAGAUUAUAAAUCACUAUGGAAGUAAUAACUUCCCUUUAGGUGUGCAACUCUCAAAUCAGAUUUCUGGGUUGGUAGCGAGUGAAUUAUGUUUUUUCUGUAUUUGUUUUAAAGGAUAUUUUUUCAUAUGUUUGUCACACGGUCUUUGUAUUGUUCUUUGAAAACCACUCUGAUAACAAAUGCAGCUGACAUUCAGGAAUGUCUUAAAUAAAGGUCUUUUUUAAUAAA